AUGCCCACGAUGGAAGCGUUCUCGGCGGGAGAAGCGGCUCACAUGUUCCGCCCAAAGAUCAACAGAAACAGUCGUCGUCUUGUAAGUGGAAGUUUUUCUGUAGAAGAACGACAAAACCAUGACAUUAUGCGGCGAGAACGGCACCGUCAGGAGCUUUUGGCGAGGGCAGAGGAGGAACGUCAGCGCACCGAGACGUUUGCCCCCGUCACCAACCCGCGUGUGAGGCGCAGUAACGACACUGUAGAUGGUCAUGAAAACAGUCGGACCGCACUUAUUCGCAAAGUGCACAUGAAUUCCGUGGAGGAGACAUUUCAUCCUGUCAUCAACAUCAAGAGCCAGCGCAUGGUCACCAACGGCACAUGGAAGAGCACGCACCAGCAGUCACAGGAGGCUUUUCGGCGCGUACGGGCGCUGUGGCGCACCCACGCUGGGGUUGGAAGUGGCGAAAUCACUCUUGGUGGUGUAUACGCAGCGUUAAAAGAACUGGGGUUGCAAGCACCCUCCACCGUUGUGGAUAAAUUUCUUCUGGCCCUCGGUUUGGAUGAAUCAGCUGGUAGACGUUGUGUGCCUUAUGAUCGGUUUGUGAAGGUUUUUACAACCGUGCUCCGCGCCGCACUUAUUCCCGUUGCUGUGAAAAAUAAUACUGUGAAUGACGAUUCUCAUGACGAUGAUGAUAGCGCCUCCUCGGUAGGAGGUAAAGAGAAGCCUGAAACGGAUGAACCUAUUCACCCACGCUCGAUGUCCUCACAGGGCCCCGUGCCCACCAUGCGCCAUGCCAAACGUCUCGAUUCUACGACGAAUGGAAGGAAGAUCGCAGUUACGGAUACAUCACAAACGAAUACCUCCAGAGCAUCAGUACCGGUCAUGCAGCGGCGUUUGCGGAUGAAGAGCGGAAGCACGGACGCCAUUCCGUUUGACGGGGAAGUUAAUUCUCCGUCACCCAUUGCACCGUCGUGUAGCUCGCGUUUCAGGGAUCCUGUGAUGGAUGACCAGCGAGUGUUGGAGGGGUCGCCUGGGCUGAGCCGUAGUCCACAUCCGUGUCUUUUAGAGACGACGAAGAAAAAGAAAACAACAUAUGACCCGCUUGAAGGAUGCACAUUUGCUCCAACGAUUAACAAGAGAGUUAAAGUGGUGUCAUCUACGCCGCUCACAGCAAAAAAAGAGGGAAGUGAAAACGACGGGGGAGAACCGUUUCCUCAGAUAAAGCGCAAAUCUUCCGUUGUGGUGUAUAAGUCAAAGGAGGAGCGAGAGCUGGAGGAGUGUACAUUUGCUCCCAACACCGCACGCUUCCACAAGGACCGUGAUUCACUGGCAUGGUGGACGCGAGAACCAUUUGUUGGUGCGGGCACGGAAUCCACGGCGGCCUCCGCGUCUGGUUCUCUCCUCACAGCAGAAGAUCCUCCCGUUAAAGGCGGCGCUGAAGAGGAUACAGAGGAGAAGCAGGGGAAAUGCCGCAGAAGCAGUAGCGAUGGCCGUUUGCAUCAGCAAGCUGUAAUUCGAAAUCCCUCCCCUUUACCCAUUGCUAUGGGAUUUGACAAGGCGGUGCAGCGGAUGCUGGAGGCGAGGAAAAAGACCCGACCAAAGUUUGAGGAAAUGCUGCGCGCCUCCACGGAGGAGUCUCAUAAACCCUUGCAGCCAACCGUUGUGGAACCAUUUUCCCUACAGGCCGAGGCGCGACAUCUGCAUCGGGAGCAGCAGAAACCGGUGCUGUACGUUGAUGUCGACUUACCGAGUGGGAAGACGGGACGCAUUGGCGUUCACAGGGGGGAUGAAGCAGCAGAUCUUGCAAAGCGUUUUGGCGAUGCGUACGGAUUGAACGAAGAACUGCGGCAAAGACUGGAACUUUUGCUUUCGGAAAAGCUUAGAGAACUCUUAAGGGAGAAUGGGCGUACGCUGUGGCUCUGA